GAGAUUUUUAUUCCGCCAUUUUGUUUGUAUGCACAAGUGGUACUGGUAAAAGUCGGAAAAGUAGAUGUGUUUGAUCAUAAGUAUGCUUCGUAAGCACAACAACAUUUUAUGUAAAGGAUUAUAAUUGAAAAUAAGCUUUACUUGCCAGCAAUAAGUGAUUUAACAAGGACAUUUUACUACUGUGUGGUAUUGUAAGCCAUGCUGGGGUCUGACUGCACAGAACAGAGUAAGAGUUGGGCCUCACAUUAAACAACAUUAACAUUAGGAGCGUCCUAUAUUGUGGAGUUGACGGGACUGCACGGGGCUCUGCCCUGUGCUCUUUUCACUGCAUUGAGUUUUUUUUAAAAUGCUUAUUGAAAAUGUAGAUGCUUUGAAGACGUGGCUCACCAAGACACUAGAACCAAUAUGCGAUGCCGACCCGUUUGCUCUUGCUAAGUAUGUCAUUGCAUUGGUGAAAAAGGACAAAACAGAAAAGGAAUUGAAGGCACUCUGUGUUGAUCAGCUAGAUGUAUUUCUUCAGAAAGAUACUCAGGUGUUUGUAGACAAGCUAUUUGAUGCUGUGAAUGCCAAGAGUUAUUUACCUCCAGUCGAGCAGCCAAGUUUAGGAGUUGUAAAACCUGUUGCUGCACAACGCCAAGAGAAAGAGGACAAGAAAGAAGAAGCAGCAAAAGAUGAGGAACGAGACAAGAAAUUCUCAAAAAGAGUAAACCACAGCCCUCCUUCAAGUUCUCGGUACAGAGACAACAGAGGCCGUGAUGACAGAAAGAAGGAUGAACGUCCUCGGAAAAGAGAAUAUGACAGAAAUAUAUCCAGAAGGGAAUCCUACAGAGAUAGGUAUAACAGGAGGAGAGGUCGUAGUCGAAGUUACAGCAGAAGUCGAAGUCGAAGCUGGAGUAAGGAGAGACUCCGAGAAAGAGACAGAAGUAGGAGCCGAAGUAGAAGCAGGAGUAGAGAAAGGGAUCCAGGAAAGCCAAAAUAUGAACCAGAGAGAACAGAUCCAUCUGGAAAUGAUUACAGUCAAGGUGCAUCCUCAGUGCCAGCUAUUUCUUCGGGACAUUAUCCUAUUUCAACCCUGAGCAGUACCGUCACAGUUAUUGCACCUUCUCAUCAUGCCAACACUACUGCUAGCUGGUCUGAAUUCCCUGAGGACCACAUAGAUCCUAACUCUUAUGGGACAGGAUCUUUGCCAAAGAAGCGCUGCAGAGACUAUGAUGAAAAGGGUUUCUGUAUGAGAGGUGACAUGUGUCCGUUUGAUCAUGGGAGUGACCCUGUUGUAGUUGAAAAAGUUACACUUCCUGGCAUGCUGCCUUUUCCUACCCAGCCUCCUGUUGUUGAAGGACCACCUCCUCCUGGACUUCCACCCCCUCCACCAAUGCUGACUCCACCACCUGUAAACCUCAGACCUCCAGUUCCACCUCCAGGACCAUUACCGCCUAGUCUUCCACCUGUCACAGCAGGACUGCCACCACCCCUUCCACCUCUUCAGCCAUCUGGUAUGGACGCUCCUCCAAAUUCUGUAACCAGUGCAGUACCUACUGUUGUUACAUCAGUGAUUCAUCAUCCACCUCCUCCAGCUCCCCCACCUCUGUAUACAACAGAAGGUUAUGAUGCUGAUGGCUACAACCCAGAAGCACCAAGUAUUACAAACACUUCCAGGCCUGUAUAUAGGCACAGGGUUCAUGCUCAAAGACCAAAUCUAAUAGGACUUACAACGGGAGAUAUGGAUUUACCACCAAGAGUGCCUGCAAAACUACCAGAAAAACCUGUUGCAAACAACAGCAUGAGAAUAGUAGUAGACUCCGAUUCUAGUAAGAGAAUGCUUGGUACCAGAGAAGGAGUAGUUCCUGCAAAGAAACCUUGGUUUGACAACCGACAGUCACCGUGUAAAACAGGUACCCAGAUUUUUCCAAAGAAGGUCCCGUAUAGUGGUGAAAAUACCAGGUUGUCUCUGAGAAGAGUUCCUUCUGAACUGAACAAUAUCAGCAAGCUUAACGAGCACUUUAGCAAAUUUGGAACAAUAGUCAAUCUGCAGGUUGCCUGUGAUGGUGACCCAGAGGGUGCCCUUAUCCAGUUUGCAACGCAUGAAGAAGCAAAAAGAGCUAUAUCAAGUACAGAAGCUGUACUUAAUAAUCGGUUUAUUAAAGUCUUCUGGUAUCGAGAAGGUGGUGAUACUCCUCAAGUUCAAGGCCAGAAUCAUAAGGUGUCACAAACAGCACAGCAAACUAAUUUAGCAACAGUGAAGCAAUCUGUCAAAGAUCGGUUAGGACCUGUUCCUGGAAGCGUUGUUGAACCAGCAGAAGCUCAAGGCACAAAGAUUGAUGCAGCUUCGAAUUCAGAUAAGGUAUCUGUGAAGGAAAGAUUGGGCUUUGCAUCAGCACCAGCACCAGCUACAGUAACAACUGAGAAGGUAUUAUCUACAUCUUCAGGUCUUACAAAGACCGUCUACAAUCCUGCAGCUUUAAAAGCGGCCCAGAAGACAUUGUCAUACUCCAGUUCUGUUUUAGAUUCCAGUGAUGCUCAAAAGAAGAAGCAGGAAGCUCUACGGCUGCAACAAGAUGUUAUAAAAAAGAAGCAAGAGAUUUUAGAAAAGCAUAUUGAAACCCAGAAGAUCCUUAUAGCAAAGUUGGAGAAAAACAAGAGUAUGAAGCCUGAGGACAAAGCUGAAAUUAUGAAAACUCUUGAAACUUUAACCAACAGCAUUACUAAACUCAAUGAAGAGCUGAAAACUCUCUCAUCUGGGGGAGUGAUUCCAAAGUGUGUAAAAACAAAGGCUCAGAUGCAGAAAGAGUUGCUUGACACAGAACUGGAUCUGUUUACAAAGAUGCAGGCUGGAGAAGAUGUAGCUGAACUACGAAAGAAAUAUACAGAGCUUCAGCUAGAGGCUGCUAAACGGGGUAUCCUUGCUUCUAAUCGUGGCAGGGGUGGCCAUAUAAGGGGUCGGGGUGUGACACGUGGACGAGGGCGAGGGAGAGGAAGAGGUAUCCGUGGACGUGGCAGAGGAGUUCCAGUUCAUGCUGUGGUAGACCAUCGUCCAAGAGCACUAGAGAUCUCUGCAUUUUCAGAAAGUGACAGAGAGGACCUUCUUCCUCAUUUUGCACAAUUUGGUGGUAUUGAAGAUUGCCAGAUCGAUGACACCUCUCUGCAUGCAAUUAUCACAUAUAGGACAAGAGCAGAAGCUGAAGUCGCUGCCAUCCAUGGAGCUCGAUUUAAAGGUCAGGAUCUUAAAAUGCACUGGUAUAAACCAUGUAAUAUUUCUGCAGCUGUUGAACAAGAAGAUGUUGAGCAAGAGGAGGAGGAGUUUACAGAAGACACUUUAUUGGAUGACCCGUUGCUGCAGGAUGAUGAUGAAGAGGAAGAGGAUAAUGAAUCACGACCAUGGAGAAGAUGAUUCUGCUUAGACCAGUUUUCACAUCUGUAUUAAUGUUUGCAUUAUGUUGCAAUAAACCUGCAAAGUAUGGAAUACAAUUGAAUAGACUUCUUUAAACAGAGAAGGAAAACUCGUGGAAACAGACCAAGGCACUGCCAACUUAUACCUAAAAACCUGAAGUUUGAUUGAUCUGUGAUGGAAGGAAAGACUGCUCUAUAAACGCUGGAGGACUUGUGUGUAAAUGAUUUAUUUUAUAUACUUAACUGAACUAAAAAGAAUUCACUUGAGUUCUUUCAGACUUUUAUGAUUUGGUCAGCUUUCUAAUGACCAGAUUGUUACCUGUUAUGUGUAGUAAGUUGAAUUUAUUACACAAUUCCAGGUUAUGGAAUGAAAGGUUGCAUUUACUAUCUUUAUGAAUGUUUUCAUGAAUUCAUGGAGGCAGUAGAAUACUGGACUGCAGUUUGUAACUUUGUGUAAAUAUAAUUUUUGCAUAGUAGUAUGCUUAGGCUUUGUAUUAGCCUUUUUUGUUGGAUUUGUGUAUGUAUUUUACAUAUUGAUUUUAUUGAUAAGUUGUAUGACUGCUUUGCGUAAAAGUCUUUUUGACUUUGAGCCGUUAAAAAAUAAAGAAAUGGAAUGGUCAACUAAAAAAAAAAGUAAA